GCUUCAUCGACCAUGCCCAUUUCACUGACUCCCGGAUUGCCUUCCCUUCCGCAGGAUCCGGCGCACUAAGGGGGUUUACUAUAGAGAGAGUGCGGCGGGAAGCCUGUCCCUUUUUUACGCCUUCUCACCGAAGCGUACCGCCGAGUAUCAUUACGGAACCGUAAGCCGCCUCACUGUGCCACUUUGUGACGGCCCAUCCGCGGACGUCGCGGCGCGAUCACUCCAUACACCCCUUCAGCUGUGUCCAGAAGACUAGAGUUUCAUGAUCCACGUGGAAGCAGAACAGGUACACGUGGAAGCGGAACAGAUACACGUGGAAGGGGAGUAGAUCCGCGUGGAAGAGGGGUGGAUCCACGUGGAGGCGGGGGAUGCCUGCUCUUUCCCCGUGCCUGAGGCGCGCGAAUCAGUCGCUAAUCGGAAGCGGUUCGUUAAUCCGAAGAGGCGGAUUCAGAGGCGCGCUAAUGCUUAUCUGGGAUACCGGCGCAGGUGCCGCCGUGCGGAGUAGUAGCAGCAGCGCCGGCGUCAGCAUUAGUAGGAACGUCAGUAGCGGCGCGGCGCGGAGUAGUAGUAGCAGCGGCAGCGUGAGCAUUAGUAGUAGCUUCAGUGGCGGUUCCGCACGGAGUAGUAGUAGCAGCAGCGGAAGCGUGAGCAUUAGUAGCGGUAGUAGCGGUAGUAGCAGAAGUAGCGGUGCCAGCAUUAAUAACGUCGGUAACAGUCGCAGCGACCGCUUCAGACCUGGCAGUUCGUUCCUCACCCAAGCGCUAUCGGCACACAGCAGUCCGACCAUUCGAUACAAGCACCCCUCCUUGACCGCCCGCUUCAGACAUGGCAGCUCUCCCCUCAACCAAGCGCCAUUGUCACACAGCAGUCAGGCAUUUCCUACCAUUCGAUACAAGCACCCCCUCUUGACCGCCCGCUGCAAUCACGUCUGUACGCCCCGUUAUAAUGACCAGAUACGUUCAGCCCCAGAUACGCCUGUGCGCCUAUCCCUCAGGGGGCCUCUUUUGUGUGAGCGCGUUGCAGCGGGGAGGGUAGCUCUAGAUCCGCAAUGCAGCGUUUUGACUACUUGGGUAGGCAGCAUUUUUGAGGGGCCUAAAAAAUCGCCACUUCUGCUCGAGAAGCCGCAGUGCAGCGUCAGGACGGUUUUGACUCGGGCAGGCAGCACCUUUGAGGCGCCUAGCAAAUCGCCUCUUCUGCUCGAGAAGCACCAAUGCGGCGGUCUGACCAGGGUGCUAGGCAGCACAAGGCACCUGUGCUCAGCAACCGGUGCUGCUGAGUCAGCAAUCGGUGCUGCUGAGCCAGCUUCGACGGGUGCUGAGUCAGUAGCCAAUGCUGAGUCAGCAGGUGCGGCUCAACAGAAGCAGGUUCGGGCAGAGGAAGGGGGAGAGACCGGGGAGGAGGCGCAGAAGCGCGAGGGAGAUGAUGGGGCGAAAGGUAUGGGUGUGGGAGGGGAGGAGAGCUUGGGAGUGGGAAAGGUGAAGAGGACGAGGAGGAAGGCAGUAAGUAAGAGGGAAACGGCAGGUGCAGCGGAGGCUGCAACACUAGGAGCAGCAGAGGGAGGGGGAGAAGUAGCAGUAGCAGAACCACCAGAAGUCGGGGAGGAGUUGGGAGUGGGGAGAGUGAAGAGGACGAGGCGGAAGGCAGGGAGUAAGGGGGGAACUGCAGGUGCAGGGGAGGCUGUUGCACCAGGAGAAGCAGCAGAAGCAGGAGCGACAGCAGCAGCAGGAGAAGUAGGAGAAGUAGCAGUAGCAGAACCACCCGAGUUAGUUGAGGAUUUGGGAGUGGGGAAAGUGAAGAGGACGAGGCGGAAGACAGCGAGUAAGAGGGCAACAGCAAAUGCAGCGGACGCUGCUGCAGCAGGGGCAGCAGGAGAAGCAGCAGCAGUAGCAGAAUCAGCAGCAAAAGCAGCACAACCUGCAGCAGCAGCAGCAGGAGCAGCAGCAGAUGCAGGAGCAGCAGCACAACCAGCAGCAGUGGAGCGAUGGCUAGUGGUGGUGGAAUCCCCCUCUAAAGCCCGCACAAUUCAGGGUUACCUCCAACACGCCCCUGAUUCCGAACCCUUCUCCAGCCUUGCAGCAGCAGCAGCAGCAGCAGCAGGAGGAGGAGGAGGAGCAGGAUUGCGGAAGAGAAAAAGAGAGUUCUCGGUGCUGGCGACGCACGGUCACGUGCGAGACGUGCCCAACAAGGUCCAUGCUGUCUCGCCCGACGCUGACUUCGCCAUUGACUGGCGAAUCCUGCCCCAGGCGGUGCCAUACUUUAGGGCCAUCGCCCUGGCUGCAUUCAGAUCUCAAGGCGUUGUGUUGGCAACUGAUGCAGACAGGGAGGGGGAGGCGAUAGCAUGGCAUGUGUACCAGCUGCUCAAGGGCGCUGCUGCUGCAAGGAGGAGAGCAGAGGCGCAGCAGAGGGAAAAGGAGGAGCGGAGGGAAAAGAUGGCGCAACAGGCAGUGUGGCAUGAGGAGCAAUUGGCAGCAGAGGCAGAGCAGGCAGCGAGGGAGGGAGGAGAGGCAGCAGCGGCUAUACGAGAUGCAGAAGGGGAGGAGGGCGAAGCCGAUAUCUUCUCCAGUGGAGUUCCCGAGCCGAGCCUUGCGAGCCCCGAAGCAGAGGGAUUUGCAGGUGUUGGUAGUGGUGGUGGUGCGGUUGAGGGGGGUGGAGAGGGGUUGCUGCAGCAAGUUGGGGAGCAUGAGGGAGGGCAUGUUGAGAAGGAGGGGGAGCACGGGUGGCUGGAGGGGGAGGAACUACUGGGGGAGGUGAGGAAGGAGCUGAAGGAUUUCAAACGCCCACAAUCAUCGUUAUCAUCAUCAUCACCUCUAACACCAGCAUCAGCAUCAUCACCAUCAGCAACAGCAGCAGCAGCAUCACCAUCAUCCCAACCCCCCUCUCCAUCCGACGAUCAGUGGCUCCUCCCAUCCGCCGGAUCCAACGGCUGCGAUCUCACGAUCCACCGAGCCACCUUCCACGAGAUCACCCCUUCAGCCGUCCUCACUGCUCUAGCCAACCCCCGCCUCCUCUCCCAACCUCUAGUCGACGCCUACUUUGCCCGACGCGUGCUAGAUUUUCUCAUGGGCUUUAAUCUCUCCCCUGUGCUCUGGAGAAAGCUCCCCGGGUGUCGAUCGGCAGGGAGAGUUCAGUCGGUGGCUUUAAGGUUUGUGUGUGAGAGGGAGGGGGAGGUGGCGGGGUUUAAUGCGCAGGAGUACUGGACGGUUAGUGCGAUGGUGCAGGCUUGUCGCACUAAGAGGGGGCUUAUUGGGAGCUUGGAAGGAGGAGAGACGGCAGUGCAUGGGGUAGCAGCAGCAGGUGCGGAAGCAACAGGAGCAGUAGGAGCAGGGGGAGGAGUAGUUGGGGAGGUGGAUUCGCCCAUGGCUUUCCCAGCUAGGCUUACGCACCUGUUUGGGGAGCCGGUGGGAGCAGGGGGAGGAGGGGGAGGGGGGGGAGGGGGGAAAGAAUCAGGAAGAGGGAGAGGAGGAGGAAAGGGGGGAAGAGAAGAAUCAGAUGGGAAAGCAGCAGGAGGAGGAGAGGGGGGGAUAAGGGAUGGAGAGAGGGCGCUAGCAGCGGCAGUGCUGGUGGAGGGGAGUGAGCUGCAGGUGGCAGAGGUGCAUCGGUCGCAGACCAGGAGGUCCCCCUCUCCGCCCUUCACCACUUCAUCGCUGCAACAAGAGGCGUCUUCGAAACUCGGUUUCAGCCCUAGCCGGACCAUGGCAGUCGCUCAACGGCUGUACGAAGGGGUGGCGCUGGGCCCUGAGGCUUCCAAGGCGCUCAGAAAGCAGGCGGCUAAAGGGGCGGUAGGGACAGAGGGAGGAGGGAAGAGCGGAGGGAGGGGAGCUGGUGGGGGGAUGGUGACUGGGCUGAUCACAUACAUGCGCACCGACAGCGUGAAUGUGUCCGCUGCUGCAGUGGCCUCGCUGCGCUCCUUGCUACAGGAGAGGUAUAAUAGCAAGAUGGUGUCGCCGUUUGCCCGCGUCUUCUCUGGCAAAGCUAGGAAUGCCCAGGAGGCGCACGAGGCCAUCCGACCCACCCACCCGCACCUGCUGCCAGGCCUGGUAAAGGCUGAUCUGUCGGAGGAGCAGUGGAAGCUCUAUGCGCUCAUCUGGGCUCGAUUCGCUGCCUCUCAGAUGGCAAACGCUGUCUACGACAGGGUAGCAGUGGACGUCGCGGCACAUCCCCGUGACCCCUCCCUGCUCUCCAACUUCCCCUCUCCUGCCUCCUCGCAGUCCUCUCUCCCCUCCGUGCCACCCCCCAUCGAAGCACCCGAUGCACCCCCUUCACCAAUGCUCGAGGCACCUGAGUCUCAACUGCUUGUUGAGCGGCCUCAAAAUGCAUCCUCUCCUCCUGCCAUGCUCCGAGCCAACUCCUUUGCCAUUGCGUGGCCUGGCUUCCUUGCGGCCUACAGUGAUCGGGCAGCGCUAGGUCACCUGUCUGACCUGUCAGAAGGGAUCUCCACAGAACCACCACCUGGCGAUGCCACGUCAGCAGAGGCUGACAGUGCUGCUGCCACGUCAGAAGUGUUCCAGGAAAUCAUGGCCCUGCAGCCUGGCGACAGGCUAUUGGUCGAAUCCGUGGAUCCCAAUCAGCACUUCACGCGCCCCCCUCCCAGAUACACUGAGGCAGCUCUGAUCAAGCGAAUGGAAGCGGAGGGGAUAGGAAGACCAUCCACCUAUGCACCCACACUCAAGACUCUCCUUGAUCGCAAGUAUGUGGAGUUGGAUUCUCGCAGGUUGCACCCCACAAUAAGGGGGAGGCUGGCAAACGCCUUCCUCCUGCACUUUAUGGAGCCAUACGUCAAUGCAGGCUUCACUGCCCGCCUCGAGUCCAAGUUUGAUGACGUGGCAGCAGGAGAAGGAGACUGGCGGAAGGUUCUCAGAACCUUCUGGAACGACUUCCAACCGAGAGUGGAGGAAAUGCAGAAGCUAUCGCCUCAAGCUGUUGGGUCGGCUGUGCAAGUGACGCUGGGCGAUGGGCUACUCGUGGAGGCAGCAGCGACGUACUCCCAAGUGCUUUCCGAUGCCCGUGCCCGCGCUUCUGCUCCUCCCUUCUCCUCCAUCCCUCCCUCCUCCGCCACCCCUUCCUCCUCCGCCUCCCCGUCACCUCCCACUUUGGAACUGUCACCAUCAGCGGUGGCAACACCAUCCGCAUCAUCAUCGGUAGCAUCCCUGUCACCACCAUCAGCUUCCAAGGCUUGUCCCAGUUGCGGGUCAGGCGAGCUGGAGUACAACUUCUCCAGCCGCGGCGUGGGGCUCUUUGUCGGCUGCUCGGCUUACCCCACAUGCCACUUCAAGGCCCGUGUGGUGGAGCAGGAGGACAAGCCGGGCGCCCUAGCAGUGGCAAUCGACCCAGUUGCGCAUGUCAUAGGGGAGGACCCCAACACAGGGGCCAAGAUCUGGCUCAAAGUGGGCCCGUAUGGCGCCUAUGUGGAGCGGUCAUCGUACGGCAAGGUCUCCAAAGUCAACCGAGCCUCGCUGCCCCCGGGCAUGCAUCCAGACUCGGUUGAUCUCCCCAACGCACUCGAACUCCUCGCAUUUCCGCGAGUCGUAGGCCUGCACCCAGAGGGAGGCACCGUGUAUCUGUGCAGCGGCCCCUUUGGCUUCUACUUGGAGCACGACUUGCCAGGAGUGGGGCGGAUCAGAGCAUCCCUGGGCACGAAUGUUGUUAUAGAUGAUGUGACGCUAGAGAGCGCAAUUGAGCGACUGCAGGUGAAGCAAGCAAGGGUGGAGCGAGCAGCGACAAGGAAAGCUGCUAAAGCUGCAGAGACCGGCAAGGGAGGCAAGGCGGCUAAAGUGGCAACAAGUAAAGGGGCGAGCAAAGGGGCAAGCAACGGGGCAGCUGUUGCAAGAGAAGAGGUUAAGGGAGAGGUAGAGGGAAAGACGGCGCCGAAGGGGGAGGGGACGGAAGCUGUUGAAUUAGGGAAAGGAAGAAAGGCGAGUGCGAAAAGGAGCAAUAAGGGGGAGGCGGGGGAGGCAGCUGACGCGAGCAAAGGAGUGGGCAAUGGAAGUGGAGAUGAGGGGGCGGAAGCUGUUGAGGCUGUUAAGGCCGGCAAGGGAGGCAAGGUGGUUGAAGUGGAGACAAGCAAAAGCGCAAGGAAGGAUGCGAAGGGAGGGGAGAGCGGAGAGAAUGAGCGAGAGACGGUGUUGACAGGAGAGGGGGCGCAGGCUGUUGAUGUGGGGAAAGGAGGAAAGGCGAGUGCGGAGAGGAGCAAGGAGGGGCAGGGUGAGGAAGCGGGAGUGAGCAAAGCGGAUGGGGGGAAGGCACCUGAGAGAGGGGGGAUGGAAAAUCCUUUGGAGGUUUCUGAAAAGGCAGGCAAGAAAGGUAGCCAGGAGGUGAGUGUGAAAAGGAGCAAGGAGGCGGGAGCAGCUGACGCGAGGAAAGUGGAUGCCGCUGCGACAGGGGACACUGAAAGGCCUUUGGAGGCUCCUGAAGAGGCAGGCAUGGUGAAACGGCAGAGAAAGGAGGAAAGGAAGGAGGCUGGGAGGAACGCAAAGACCGAUUCCGAUGCUGAGGAGGAGGAGCGAGGCCACGGAUACAAAGGAGGGGCAGAGCGUGCUCGUCUGAUACGGCUUCCCAGGAAACCGUCAGAGCAGCUUAAGGAGAUUAUUGGGAAGGAGCACGAGCAGCUGAGCCUGGUUGAAGCCACGAGCCUGGUGUGGAGGUACGUCCAAGCCAACAACCUCAAAACCGGGCCCCACACAGCCGCAUUCGACGGCAAGCUGAAGAGUUUAUUCGCGGUGGAGUCGGCUCACAGAUUCCAACUACUGAGCCUUCUAUCGAGGCACAUGCAGCCACUAGACAGAGAGGGAGGAGGGAAGCCUCAAGCAGAGGAUUCUGAAGGAGAGGAGGGAGGGGAGCAUCAAGCAGUGACUUUUAAAGAAUCGGCUUCUGAAGGGGAUGAGGGAGGAGGUAGCGAAGAGGGUGGGAUGGUCAGGGAGGGGAGGAGCAGACGGGAGGUGAAGAAGAGAGAGAGUGGGCUAAGCUUUGGCCAGGAGAGGGCACUCCUAAACAGGCUUCCCAGAAGACCGUCAGAGCGGCUAAAGGAGGUCAUCGGAGAGCAUGAGCAGCUGAGCGUAUUCGAGGCGAUGAGUCUGGUGUGGAGUUACAUCCGGGCCAACGACCUCAAGACCGGGCCCAACACCGCUGUAUUCGACGACAAGCUGAAGGCUCUAUUUGGAGUGGACUCGGCUCACAGCCUGAAACUGCCGGGGCUGCUGGAAAAGCACAUGUCGCCACUUGAUGCCGAUGAUGGUGUAACUUCCUCCGCUAAGGCAGUGAAUGCAGCGGAGGAAGCUGCGGGGGUGGGUGGAGCAGCCUCAAAGGCACCAAGAGGGGCAAGAGGGGCAAGAGGGGCAAAACGAGCAGCCAAAGAAGCAAGUGGAGGAGCAAGCGGAGCAACCAAGUCAGGAGAAGUGGAAUCUGGAUUGGUGUCGUCCGCUAGGGAGUCGUCCGCUAGUGAGGCAUCGAGCGCGGACGAUCGUGAUCUGCGCCAACUGUCUCCGGCACUCAAGGCGGUUCUGGGAGAAGAGUUUGGCGGCUUUACUCUCAGAGAGACCAGUCAACAAGUCUGGCAGCGAGUUAAGGAGCAGGGCGAGAAGGUGGAGGGAGGAGGCCGGGUGGCUCGAUAUAGAGUGGACGGGCAACUACAGGAGCUACUAGGUGUAGAUGUGGUAACAUUCAUUGGAUUGUACAGCCUACUCAAGAAGCAUAUGAAAUAGCAUAUGCUGCAUUUAUUUUAUUGGAUUCUUUAGCGCAAUCGUAGUGUAGUUUAUACCGUAUUGAAUGAAUGCUCGUCCAACCCAUCCACCUGAAUUAUGCUCCCUGGUUCCCGCACAACAGCGCUGGACAACAUGCAUGCACGCCACGACGGUCAAGACGGAUUAC